GAGUCCCUGCAGGCGUAAGUACUGGUCCACACACAGGCGGCCAUUUCAUGAGUGUCACCACUGGCUCUGUUCCACUGGCAGCCAUUUUGACUUGCUCAGGGAAACAGCAGGCAGUCCAAUAGUUUUUUCAACAGAAUGGAAUGUAGUGUAGUACCAGAUAUAAUGCAAAAAUGCACAAGAUUCAAGGAGAACUUAGAUUAUAUAUUAUCUUCCUUGACUCCAGGCAUAGUUUUCUUAGGCAAACAUUUUACAAUACCUUGAAUAAAAUGAGCGAAACCAUACUAGCUGUAUGGAAGAACUAGCUAAUGAACCUGUAGUAGUUGUAGUAGUAGUGGUAGUGGUAGUAGUAGUAGUAGUAGUAGUAGUAGUAGUAGUAGUGGUGGUAGUAGUAAUGUGGUAGUAGUAGUAGUGGUGGUAGUAGUAGCAGUAGUAGUGAUAGUAGUAGUAGUAGUAGUAGUAGCAGUAGUAGUAGUAGUAGUAGUAGUAGUAGUAGUAGUAGUAGUAGUAGCAGUAGUAGUGAUAGUAGUAGUAGUAGCAGCAGUAGUAGCAGUAGUAGUAGUAGUAGUAGUACUAGUGGUAGUAGUAGUAGUAGUAGUAGUAGUAGUGGUGGUGGUAGUAGCAGUAGUAGUAGUAGUAGUAGUGGUAGUAGUCGUAGUAGUAGUAGUAGUAGUAGGAGAAGGGAAUUUGAUUCAUCACCACAAGCAUCUUUAUACAAAGUACAGAGACAGACAUUGAUCCUGUUCCUGUUUCCUGCGUAGCUGCAAGAUGGCCCAGACCAAUGGCUGGGGAGUGAUGGUCAGCCAUCGCUCUGGAGAGACAGAGGACACCUUCAUCGCUGACCUGGUCGUUGGUCUCUGCACUGGACAGGUAGGAUACACCUCUUUUAAGAUCAAUACAUAGAUAUUACUACUGGUGUGGCCUGGAAACACUGGAAACCACAGCGUUGUUGGCUCAAACCUCUGCAGACAGACAUUUGUUUUGUCCUUUAGUGAUAUUCUAUUACAUGUUAUUACAUUCAAUACAACUGCAAGCCCCCUCACCAAAGUUUUUCAGCUUCAGUUUUCCUCAGUUUUGCCCUUAGCUGCAGUAUACUGAUAGCUGAUAUACUGUGGUAUGCUGUGUUCCAGUGAACUUAAAUAACUGAUACGCUGUGUUCCAGUGAACUUAAAUAACUGAUAUGCUGUGUUCCAGUGAACUUAAAUAACUGAUAUGCUGUGUUCCAGUGAAUUAAAUAACUGAUAUGCUGUGUUCCAGUGAACUUAAAUAACUGAUAUGCUGUGUUCCAGUGAACUUAAAUAACUGAUACGCUGUGUUCCAGUGAACUUAAAUAACUGAUAUGCUGUGUUCCAGUGAACUUAAAUAACUGAUAUGCUGUGUUCCAGUGAACUUAAAUAACUGAUAUGCUGUGUUCCAGUGAACUUAAAUAACUGAUAUGCUGUGUUCCAGUGAACUUAAAUAACUGAUACGCUGUGUUCCAGUAAACUUAAAUAACUGAUAUGCUGUGUUCCAGUGAACUUAAAUAACUGAUAUGCUGUGUUCCAGUGAACUUAAAUAACUGAUAUGCUGUGUUCCAGUUAACUUAAAUAACUGAUAUGCUGUGUUCCAGUGAACUUAAAUAACUGAUACGCUGUGUUCCAGUGAACUUAAAUAACUGAUAUGCUGUGUUCCAGUGAACUUAAAUAACUGAUAUGCUGUGUUCCAGUGAACUUAAAUAACUGAUACGCUGUGUUCCAGUGAACUUAAAUAACUGAUAUGCUGUGUUCCAGUGAACUUAAAUAACUGAUAUGCUGUGUUCCAGUGAACUUAAAUAACUGAUACGCUGUGUUCCAGUGAACUUAAAUAACUGAUAUGCUGUGUUCCAGUGAACUUAAAUAACUGAUACGCUGUGUUCCAGUGAAUUAAAUAACUGAUACGCUGUGUUCCAGUGAACUUAAAUAACUGAUAUGCUGUGUUCCAGUGAACUUAAAUAACUGAUAUGCUGUGUUCCAGUGAAUUAAAUAACUGAUACGCUGUGUUCCAGUGAACUUAAAUAACUGAUACGCUGUGUUCCAGUGAAUUAAAUAACUGAUACGCUGUGUUCCAGUGAACUUAAAUAACUGAUAUGCUGUGUUCCAGUGAACUUAAAUAACUGAUAUGCUGUGUUCCAGUUAACUUAAAUAACUGAUACGCUGUGUUCCAGUGAACUUAAAUAACUGAUACGCUGUGUUCCAGUUAACUUAAAUAACUGAUAUGCUGUGUUCCAGUGAACUUAAAUAACUGAUAUGCUGUGUUCCAGUUAACUUAAAUAACUGAUACGCUGUGUUCCAGUGAACUUAAAUAACUGAUACGCUGUGUUCCAGUGAACUUAAAUAACUGAUAUGCUGUGUUCCAGUGAACUUAAAUAACUGAUAUGCUGUGUUCCAGUGAACUUAAAUAACUGAUAUGCUGUGUUCCAGUUAACUUAAAUAACUGAUAUGCUGUGUUCCAGUGAACUUAAAUAACUGAUACGCUGUGUUCCAGUGAACUUAAAUAACUGAUACGCUGUGUUCCAGUGAACUUAAAUAACUGAUAUGCUGUGUUCCAGUGAACUUAAAUAACUGAUACGCUGUGUUCCAGUGAACUUAAAUAACUGAUACGCUGUGUUCCAGUGAACUUAAAUAACUGAUAUGCUGUGUUCCCUUCUCCAGAUCAAGACCGGUGCCCCAUGCAGGUCUGAGCGUCUAGCUAAGUACAACCAGCUGCUCAGGUGAGCUCCGUCUUUAAACUCUUAACUCAGCUGUAUAAAAUGCGUUCACUAGUAAAACUACCAUGUCAUAUGUUCUUCAUUGGAUAUAUCAUUUGACUUAAAAGAGCUAGGCUUGGCCCAAAUAUCACUCAUCUAAAUGUACAAUUAUCAAGGAUAAUAGUAGGCUGUUUCGUUACUCUUGUUUUUGCCGUUAUAAUGGUUUCAAGUGUUGAAGCCUUAAACUGAUUGUUUCACUUCCUUCCUGUCCGUAGGAUUGAGGAGGAGCUUGGAGACAAGGCUGUCUUCGCUGGCCAGAACUUCAGGCACCCAAUCUAA